AUGGUGGCAGCGGCACGACAAGGAUGGGGGCAUGACUGGGGGCACCCUUCACCCUCGCCCUUGCCCUUCAUUCGCUCCCCCGUCCUCUGCCUUGCCCUCUCGCCCUCUGCCUUGCCCUCACCCUCUACCUCGCCUUCUUGCCUCUCAUCCGCCCCUCACCACCCUCUCCGUUGCCCUCUCGCCCUCUACCUCGCCUCUCGCCCUCUACCUCGCCUCUCGCCCUCUACCUCGCCUCUCGCCCUCUACCUCGCCUCUUGCCCUCUGCCCCACCUUCUCACCCCUCGUUCGCCCCUCGCGUCCUUGCCCUCUGCCUCGCCCUCUCGCCCUCUUGCCCCUCGUCCGUCCCUCAUCCACCCCUCCUUCAUCCCUCAUUCACCUGCGAGCGAUGAUGACGUACGACAGACAAUGACAACAACAACAACAACAACAACAGCAGGCCCUUUUGCAUCAAUUAACAUCAAUACUAUUGUUGAUAUCAUUGAGAAUAUUCAGUAUGGUAUUGCUGCUCGGAUUGAUUCUGACUCAUCUCGUGCGAGCAGGGUCUUCCCUUCUAUCAACCAUGACAUGUUCAUGGCUGUUCUUCACAAGCAAGGAUUCUCGCCGAUUUUGGUGGAGUUCUUUGCAUCUUAUCUUGUUGGUCGGUCCACAGUUUACUGUUGGAACACCUUCCAAUCCGACUCGCGGUCUGCAGACGUGGGCAUCGGGCAGGGCUCAGCCCUCUUGCCUGUUAUCUCAGGGCUUUUCAUUGCUCUGGUAAUGAAGCUCUUCUACAUCAAGGCGGUGCCGCUCAACACGAUGCUGCUCUCCUUUGUGGAUGAUGGGACCAUUCUGGCCCAAUCCAAACAACUCCACAAUAAUAAUACCAAGCUGUUCCAUGUUUCACGUCAACGAGAUGCCUGUAAUCCCUUGCUGGAUUUGGGGUACGCCCCGCAUACUGGUGCUACUCCUUUAAAGCCCAAGACCUUUUGGAGGUACUUGGGCUUUUACUUUGACUGCGGGCUCACCUUCCAUGAGCACAUUUGCUACUAUGCCACCAAGGCGUUUACCACCGUGCAGGCCAUGUGCAUGCUCGGAAACUCCACCAGAGGUCUCUCGCCUAAACAGCGCCGCCUCAUAUAUAGGUCGUGUGUAGUUCCCAUUGCCACAUACGGUUAUCGUCUCUGGUAUUUCGACGGUGCCCGUUGUGCGUUCUGCACCUCACCCACAGGCGGUCUUGAGGCCCUCGCUACCCUCUCAGACACUCACCCUCUUUGCUCUAUGAUGGGCGAGGGACUCCUUAAGCAGGCUGCACCACAUGCCUGCUCAGCCACCUUGAUGACCCCAGCUAUGCGAGGGAAAGUCAAGAGCACUGUCAUGGAGGUGGACGAGCGUGUCCACACCUUAACUGAGAGCUUCGAGCCUUUUGCGCCCAAAGCUCGCCCAGGCAAUCGGUUACUGGACCGCUAUGUGGACCGUCUCCACUUUGACGAGCGCGAUCCUGCCCAGGAUAAGCGACCAUAUCUCGACGAGCUCAUCGCGAAAGCAAGGGCCAACCCUCUAACAGUACUGGCUGCAACUGAUGGCUCUGUCCCUCAGUCCAACCAGUAUCAGGCGACUUCGGCUGCCAUCAUCUACAAGGGACAUCGCAAGCUCGAAAGGACUUGCUAUGUCUCUGGCAGAGUUACCGCCCCUGAUGCGGAGCUCAAUGCCAUCUCGUGUGCAGUGCGCCUUGCUGUCAAGCAGGCAAACUGCCAACAUAUUAUGGUCUUUACUGACUCUAUGGGCUUGGCCCAUACAGCAGUUGACCCCUCCAUGCACUCUGAGUGGUUCGAGGCGGAUGAUCUCCACCGCAUCACCUUUGUCUACGUUCCGUCCGCUAUGUGGUGGGAUAUCCAUGGUGAGGCACACAAGUAUGUCGCCAAACUUAAAGUCAGGGUUGGACGUCGCAAGAUGGACAACUCUAUAGACACGCUCUGCUCCCAAGCCGCACACUCAGUCCUGGACUCGUGGAGUUCCACUUUCCAGGACCCAACCUACCGAGGCUCUGAAUUUUUAGAGCUUCAACAGCCUGACGGGCGGCCGCUACAGCCAUCGUACCUCAGUGGGGGACCUUGGCUUUCAACCUUGGGACACAGUAUCACUGAGUUUGCUCGCGUUUGCCAGUGUAUAACUGGCCACACACCCAUUGGAGCGUACUACCGUCACUUGAAGAUCAAUGAGCCUCAUGGCUGCACUUGCAGGGCUGCUUUGCAGUCUCGCCAGCACGUCCUCUUUCGCUGCCAUGAUCGAUACUCUGUGCACUUUCCCCGCUUCCUCAGGGAUAUUGCAUCGUUUAUGAAGUACAACCCUACAGCGUUUGGCUUCAACCGAGACCCCUCGGGUGUCGGAUGA